AUGGGAAAGCGUAGAGGAGCGGCGUGGUCGCGGGGAGGCAGCGAGGUCGCAGGGCAACGAGGUCGCAAAGUGGCGGUGACGUCGCGGGGGACUAGCGAAGUCGCAGAGGAGGCGGCGCUCGUAGGGGAGUGGCAUGGUCGCAGGAGGGGAGAUUGCGCAAUGUCGAGCUGGGGUCUAGGGCUGAAGGCGAGGUCGGCGAGCAGACGGCAGAGGCUGGACGCGUGGGCGGCGAUGUUGGGCAGUGGGGAAAGCUAUUGCGAAGAUGGAGAAUCGGUUGGGUUUCUAGUCUGCUAUAUGGUAAGAAACUACAGGUGGUGGAUUAGGAGGCGGAGGAGAUUGGAGAGUGAUUGA